CACAUCCACGGAAGUGAAAGGGUCGUGCAUCAGGAAGUGGCAGCGGUUAACAUGGCUUCGGAAGGACAAGUCGAGAGUUUAACAGAGGAGGUAAUUUGUCCCAUCUGCCUGGAAUUCUUCACCGACCCGGUUACACUGCAAUGUGAACACAACUUCUGCCGCUCCUGUAUCACACGCUUUUGGGAAAGGGAGGAGAGGUACACGUGUCCGGAAUGUAGAGCGCAGUUUGCAGAUCGGACCCUCAGGCCAAGCCGACUCCUAGCUAGACUGGCCGAGAAAGCUCAGAAACUACAUCUGAAGCUGAGAGAGAAGGAAAGUAAACUUCACUGCGAGGAACAUGAGGAAGAACUGAAGAUGUUUUGUGAAACGGACAAGAAACUGAUCUGUGUGAUUUGUGCAGUUUCGCAGGAACACAGACAGCACCGCUUCCUGUCGAUUAAAGAAGCUUUUGAAAUCUACAAGGGUCAGGUUAACUUUUCCUUGGAAUGUCUCACAAAAAGGAAGUCAGUGACACAGGCAAUGGCGGAGCAUCACAAACUGAAGAUUGAAAGAGUUCGGGAACAGUCACGCAUCCUUCAGUCGGAUAUCACAUCCCAGUUUGCUGAACUGCACCAGAUUCUCACUGAGAAAGAACAGCGCUUACUCCAAGAUCUCAGGGAAGAAGAGGCAAGGAUUCUAAAUCCAAUGGAGAAAAACCUUCGAGAGAUUCAAGAGAAUUUAAAUUAUAUUCAGGAGGAAAUUUCAAAGUUACAGAAACAGCUGGACCAAAAAGACAGUGUGAUAUUUCUGAAGGGUUGGACGGUCAGUCUCAGUCAAUUCAGAUUUGUGUUUUAUUUCUUUCAGGAGGCAGCUGAACAGAAGAGAAGGAUCAGUGGUGAAGAGAAAUCAUGGUCAGUGACAAAUGGUGCUCUGCCAAUUGAAAAGUUCAGUUGCCUCUUUUUGUUGAAAAACAUAUUGGGAGAAUCAUUUGAUGCCAUUAAGCGAGAUUCUGUCACCCUGGAUGUGGAAACGGCGCAUCCGGAGCUCGAGGUGUCUGGGGAUCGGAAGAGUGUGAGACGGUCCGGUACCAGGAGGGAUCUCUGUAACACCGGGAAGAGAUUCAUAAACUGGCUUUGUGUGCUGGGAUCGGAGGGAUUCACAUCGGGGAGACAUUACUGGGAGGUGAAGGUGGCAGGGAAUCAGUGGUGGAGUCUGGGAGUCGCCGCAGAAUCUGUGGACAGGAAGGGAGAUGUCACACUGAGACCGGAGACCGGGUUCUGGAUCAUCGGGCGGCGUGAUGACAUGAUGAAGGUUCUCAGCUCCCCUGAAUCCCGUCUCCCGGCCGGUCCCAUCCCCGGGAGGGUGGGAGUUUAUCUCAGUUACGAGUCCAGGACAGUUUCAUUUUACAAUGCAGCGACCAAGUCUCAUCUCUAUACCUUCACUAAGAAUAAAUUCACAGGGAAACUUUAUCCUUUCUUCGCAACUAGACAUGGAAAUCAGUGGCUGAGAAUCCGCUCUGGUUGCAGUGCUGGUCUGUAAAUGGGUCAGAUCCUGGGAAUCGGUGUCAGGAGUAAGUCCCUGUAAAUAUAAAUUUGAGGAGAGUGAAAUAAAUGCUGUUUGAGAGUUA